AUGCAAGCGGUGCUCCGCACGAGCCAGUCAAAGCUACAUGCGACGCCCUUCCUACAUCCACAUCCUUCGCUGAAUGCGUCGCCACUGCUUCUGCGUGCCGUGUCCACCGUCGUACCAGUGCACACCACACCCCGGAAAAAGAAGCGAAAGGGAAACUCGCCACAGCAUGCUUCCAAGCCGUCGUCACAUCCCCACCCCAACCAGAAAACAUCGCUGGUGAACAAAUCCAACGCGUCCGUUCUGGGUUCGACCAAUGCCACCCAGGAGAAGGCCCAGGAACCAUCCACCGUAGUAGAACCUGCUGCAGCAACCACACCGUCCGACAAGGACGUGCCUCAACCUGCAACUUCAGGGACACCGAAACGAGGUGACCAUCACGCGUCGUCCUCCACGGAUCUGGUUGUGAGUGCUACACAACCGUCAACGAAAGGCCACGCGCAAAAGAAAGCCGCGAUCGCCACGAAACCACCAACGUCGCCUCUGGUCGAAGAGGCCCAAGUGGUCAUCGGCCUCCUGGAAGAAAUUGCCCAGCGCCAACGCGCGCUGCCAUCCGCCGCGCAUGUGACGACAAUGCUCAACUACACGUCGCGCGACCAGGAAGACACGUUUUUCAAGCUGUUCGAGUUGUACCGCAAGCACGGCAACUCCAACGUGGACUCGACAUUUCUCAUUCCAGGAGUCGUCAAGUGCUGCGAAGUGGGCAAUUCCAAGCAAGCUGUGGCCAUUGCGACGGACAUGGUGAACAACGGCCGAAAGGUGGACCGCCACACAUUGCAUUUGAUCCUACGGGUCGCGGAAACCAACAGUGCUGCUCGAGAUGCGUUGAAAGUGCUCGACUUGCUCCUGCAGGAAGGCCACUUGGUCACGACACAAGACUACCAGCGCAUUCUGGCCAUCUGCACAGCCGACCACCACGAAGACGGUGCGCUCCGCAUUUUGCAAGCGCUGCGGCCGCUGACUACAAUUGCGUCCGACACGUAUCUUCAUUGGCUGUCGCGGUCGGCCAUGGUGUGGCGCGCCGACAUCUUCUUGGCGCUGCUCCAAGAAAUGCGGUUGUCUGGUGUGGAGCCGCGGAUUCCAUCGCUCACGUCACUGGAAGUCGGUCGCAAGGAUCCGGCGCUGACUGUCAUGGAAGGGGUCCGGGCGGUGGGUCUGGACCCGUGCUUUGCCAUGUCGGCCGUGUACGAAUCCAUUGCCAAGGCGAUCGGGAAGGGAGACCGUCGAGACGGCGGGGUCACACGUCGACAGCGUGAAACCGCGUUGGAAAAAUUUGGCACGUUAAAAGUACGCAAGUUGGAAUGGGAAGUGCAACCGAUUCCCCAGCUAUUGGAAACCCAAGCGGCGGGGUUGUUGCUCAAGAAGGAAACAUUUCGCCGUCUCAAGUACCAGCAAGUGACCCGCGUGGAAUCGUAUUUGAACAUGCUCCCCAUCACGACCAACGUGACGCUCAAUCUGCGCAAGCAGUUGCUCCGCAUGUCGUUGCUAGUCAACACACACCGCGUCAAGCGCAACAAGUACAUGAUUCUCGGCGAAUACGAGCGCGGCAAGUCGCUCAUUGACUUGAGCAACAUCCACAACUACCCGCCCGUGUCGCUCAUGCGCAUCAUCCUCGAAGCGCGGGGCAUGAGUCCCCGGGCUAUCAAGAAUGCGUUGGCGGCCCCGGGGGACCUCACCCCCCGCGACAACAACGAGCUGAACCGCGCCAAGUUGAACGACUCGAUCCACCGAAAUGACCCCUUGCUGGACUUGCCAGACUAUACGUCGUCGUCGCUCGAAACAACACUCAUGCACUAUUUUAUCUCCAAGGGCAUUCGCGUCAGUACGCAAGCGGAAUUGGCAUUGGACCAGGAAAAGAUCUACGGUCGCGCCGUGAUUUCCCCCGACUUGCUCUUGCUGGACCCCGUGUUGAUCAAUGGCGUACCCGUGCGUUGGAUCGAUGCCAAGAAUUAUUAUGGCGCGCACAUUGUCAACAAGCGGCUGAUCGCCAAGCAGCUGGCCUCGUACGUGAAAGAAUGGGGCCCCGGCGCGGUCGUGUAUGGCAUGGGAUACAGUGACAUGAUUUCGAUCCCUGGGGUGGUCUGCUUGGAUAUGACCCCCAUCCCAAAGACGUCGUGGGGCAAGUUCAAAAUGGUGACCAAGUCGUACAUGUACACGUUCCGCAAUCUAUUCCGAUGGGCGCCGCACCUGGGCAGCGAAUUGACCCAGGAGUAUCUCACAUCGAACGACUUAACCGAAGUGAAUCGGGAGCGUGGAGCCCAAGAACGGUUGGAGCGAUCGGCAGCGAAAUCCGCCAAGAACCCCGUCGCCGCGGAAAAGAAAGAAGCGAGGAUACUAAAAAUAGUAUUUCGGCAUCGCAAAGCACCUCCAGACUCGAUCCUUCGUGCGCCUUCCAACCCGGUCUUGUCCAUGGAGCUGUAUCCGACGGCAGACAACGCGACGGACGUUAGAAUACCCCAUGCAGGCGAUGACGUUGCGUUCACGGAACCAUAUCACAUACAGAACAACAGUCCCCGGCCGUCGCUGACCACUUUGACGCACACGCAAAACAUACCUAUGACAUCCAGCUGGUGGCCGGUGAUGAGUCAAUGGUUGCCCUCGCUCGUCGUAACACCCAGCGUGAUUGUCUGCGCUCACUUUCGUGGCCCCAACGGCGCCAUGACCUUGGGCGCAGUAGCCGUCGCCCUUUGUAGCUACGAGUAUGCCUGGCUAACUUACAAGAUUCGGCAUCACGUGCUUUUGCUUUACGAGAGAUAUAUGAUCGACCAAGAGGCCAAGAACAACAACUCAUUAUAUGUUGUCCAACAUGGACGGUACCAGAAUCCGUUGGACGACACCGUGUGCGCCGUCCACAUGAGUAUGCGACGACGUUGGUGGAGCAGGUGUGCCAUUGCCGGAUUCGUGGCUGUGGUUGCCGCUGGUUCGAUGACUGGAAUUCUCAACAAAGUCCAAGCGAGGCUGCAGCUCAACAAUCCGGAACUUCUUACGUUCACCGCCAUCGCGUACGCCGUCGUAGGGUGCUCAGCUGCUCUCGCUCCUACGUGGACCUACGGCGUGGUGCUGUUGCUUCAAGUGUCUGGUUUUGCGGUGCUGACGGGCAGUGUGGCGGUGUGGGGGGCGACUCGGAUCUUCGCGUCGACCAUUCCCCUUUGGCAGUACAUUUUGUUUGCUGUGGUGGCCACCUUGAUGUCAAGGUAUGGUCGGAUGUUUGUUGGCAUGCUGAAGCACCGGACGAUUGAUCCCUGGCAUUGGUUGCUGUUCAUGGCGGCAACGUUCGCAAUUUUCCAUCGCGUGGUUGCACCUGAAGUCUAUGCGUCCGUCCUCCAAAUGCCAGAACACGACGCAGCGAAUGUCACCACUGCCGAAGAUGACAAGGCCACCGCCGCGUGUGGUGGGGAUGAGACCCUGCUUUUCCAAAAUCUCCAGUGGACAGUGAAACACGGCGACCUCGUGGUUGUCCAUGGCGCUGUCGGCGCUGGCAAGUCUUCGCUUUGCUCUGUUUUGCUGGGGGAGAUAAUUAAACGAAGCGGGUCUGUCUUGUGGGCGGGUCGGUGGCGUAUGUGGCCCAUCAACCGUGGAUCCUCAACGCCUCCAUUCGAGACAACAUCCUAUUCGGCAAACCAUUCGAUCUCGUCAAGGAUCAGCUUGGCCCGCGCUUGCUACUCUGACGCAGACGUGUGCAUUCUGGACGCCCCGCUCGCCGCUGUGGGCGCGCUGGUGUUCAACGAGAUCUUCCCCAAGUUCCCCAAUCGAGGGUUCUGGGAACGGGAGGGUAAGACGAGCGACGUCGACACCCCAGACGAGGAAACAAGCGACAGACACGACGAUGUAGUGUUAGUUACACCGACGAACCGGUCCUCGACGAAAGUCGCGCCGACGGACAUAUGCGUGUCUGGCGCCGUCGUGCGUGCGUACUUGGCUAGCUUGGGCGGUUAUGGGGCGCUGGUGAUUGUGCUAUUGACGACACUCGUCACGGAAGUCGUCCGGCUCAGCUGUGAGAUGUGGCUGUCGUAUUGGGGCAACGAAGCGUCGUCGUCCAGAAAUCUUGCACGGGACAGCCGGCGCGCCAUCAUGAACGACAACCUGAACAUCUACUCCGCCUUGGUAUUUGCGAUGUGCGUCCUCACGGUCGGCCAAGUGGGUGUCGUGAUGCUGUUGGGUCUCCGGGGAUCCAAAAACAUGUUUGAAGCCAUGCUCGGCAGCCUUGUCCGCACCCCCACACGUUUCUUCGACACGAAUCCCAUGGGCCGCCUCUUGAAUCGGUGUGGCGACGCCGUGUUCCAGUGUGACAUUGAGAUUCCGCUCGCGCUGUCGUCCAUCUUGCUCCAAACGGCCAGCGCCCUCAGCAAGAUCCUCACCAGCGUGUUUGUGAUCCAAUGGAUGGGGCUCCUCUUGCCGCCACUGGUCUAUGGCUACUACAAGCUCGGGGCCGAAGCCAUCGACGGCGCCGUGACCAUCCGUGCGUUUGGCCGAUCGGCCACAUGUUUUGUCAUGGUGGCCGUGAACCAAUGGUACAGUCUGCGGAUUCAGUUUGUCAGCAACGCAAUGGUCCACGCGAUUUUACUGGGUUGUGUCGUCGGGUGUUCGAAAAUGUCCCCAGGACUGCUGGCGCUAGUCAUCACGUCGUAUGGCCAAUCUCGUCAGCAUGUGAACGAGGAAGGGUCCAAGGAUGUGGUCGCGCUCGAGGCGCUGUGGCCGACGACGGGACACAUUGCGUUUGACCGAGUAGGUUUCCAGUACAAGGUCGAUGACCCGCUAGUCCUCCAAAACGUGAGUUUUACCAUCAAAGGCGGGGAAAAGGUCGGGGUGGUCGGUCGAACUGGCGUCGGCAAGUCCAGGUUGACCAUGGCGCUGUUCUGCAUCAACGAACUGGCCAGUGGAACUAUCAGCAUCGACGGCAUCGACACCGCGACCCUUCCCUUGCGGCAACUUCGGCGCGGACUAGCCAUCAUCCCCCAGAACCCCGUCCACUUCAAAGGCACUUUGCGCACAAACUUGGAUCCGUUGGAUGCCUACUCGGACAACCAACUGUGGGCUGCGCUUGGAAAAGUCAAGCUUCUCGACCGCCUCACUAAGUCCGAAGCAAAUGUCGGCGAGCGGCAGAUGCUGUGCAUGACGCGAGCGCUGCUUGGACAAGCCAAGAUUGUGGUGCUGGAACGAGGCCACGGCAGCCGUGAACCCACGGACGAGAUGCUUCAGAGGAUCAUUCGAAACGAGUUUGCAGGGGCGACCCCCUUGACCAUCGCCCACCGAUUGGGGACAAUUCUGGACUACGACCGCAUCCUAGUGUUUGAUCAUGGCACUCUCAUGCAAAAUGACACCCCGGACGUCUUCCUGGCAGACACUCGAGGCGAAUUUUACGAAUUGGCUGCCGAGGUUGGAGCGAACUAG